CACAAGAGGAGAAGUGGCUUUAGCAUGCAAGCAAAGUAGCAGUGGCUUGGGGAAACACUUGUACGUAGCUUUGGUGUCUUCGAUGAACCAAAUCUUAUGGAGCUUCCAGCGCUUGCGCCAACUUCUGAAAGAGUGCAUAGCCGAAAGAGACCUCGUCACCGGCAAGUCACUCCACGCCCUAUACAUCAAGUCAAUUGUCCCGCCGUCCACUUACCUCUCAAACCACUUUAUCCUCCUCUACUCCAAAUGCGGCCGCCUCUCCGCAGCCCGGCUUGCCUUCGACGCCACCCCGGCUCCCAAUGUCUUCUCCUUCAACGCCAUCAUCUCCGCUUACGCAAAGGACUCGCAGCCCCACGUUGCCCGAGGACUGUUCGACCAAAUUCCCCAACCGGACCUCGUUUCUUACAACACCCUCAUUUCGGCUUACGCCGACCGAGGUGAUGCAGCGCCUGCGGUUGGUCUGUUCACGGGGAUGAGAGAGAUGGGUCUGGACAUGGAUGGGUUCACGUUCUCUGCUGUCAUCACGGCUGCUUCUCAUGAUAUUGCUUUGAUUAGUCAAUUACACUGUCUGGCUGUGGCGGGUGGCUUUGAUUCUUUUGUUUCGGUGAACAAUACCCUCAUCACGUAUUACAGCAAGAAUGGGGAUUUAGACGCGGCCAAGCGUACAUUUUAUGGGUUUGACGAGAUUCGUGAUGAAGUUUCUUGGAACUGUAUGAUCGUGGCAUACGGACAACACCAAGAAGGGUCAAAAGCACUGGCAUUGUAUCAAGAAAUGGUCCGCAGAGAGUUGGGAGUCGACAUGUUCACUUUAGCAAGCGUUUUGACCGGGUUUACAUGCCUGGAGGAUUUGUCUGGUGGGCAUCAGUUUCAUGCUUAUUUGGUUAAAACGGGCUUCCAUCAGAAUGCUCAUGUUGCCAGUGGUUUGAUUGAUAUGUAUGCAAAAUGCCAAGCUGGUAUGUUGGAGUGUAAGAAAAUAUUUCAAGAAAUUCCAGAGCCAGACUUGGUUCUCUGGAACACCAUGAUUUCUGGGUACUCUCAAAAUGAGGAAUUUUCUGAAGAGGCAUUUGAUUGUUUCCGGCAGAUGCAGCGUGCUGGUCAUCGUCCUGAUGAUGGGAGCUUCGUCUGUGUGAUAAGUGCAUGCUCUAAUUCGUCAUCUCCGUCGCAAGGGAAACAGAUUCACUCUCUGGUGCUUAAAUCUGAUAUUCCAGCAAAUCAAAUUGCGGUGAACAAUGCCCUCAUUGCAAUGUAUUCAAAAUGUGGCAACCUUCGAGAUGCCAGAAGGUUAUUCGAUAGGAUGCCAGAGCAUAACGCUGUCUCAUUAAAUUCAAUGAUCGCAGGUUAUGCGCAGCAUGGACGAGGGGCUGAAUCAUUAGUCUUGUUUGAGCUUAUGGUGGAAACGGAUAUUACUCCUAAUAGUAUAACCUUUCUGGCAGUCCUGUCUGCAUGUGGACACACAGGAAAAGUUGAGGAAGGGCACAAGUAUUUCAACAUGAUGAAAGAGAAAUUCAGCAUUGUACCAGAAGCAGAACACUAUUCAUGCAUGAUUGACCUACUGGGUCGAGCAGGGAAACUCAAGGAAGCAGAGAGGCUCAUCAAGACAAUGCCGUAUAGUCCAGGCUCCAUUAGUUGGGCAGCAUUGCUCAGCGCCUGUCGAAGACAUGGAAACAUUGAGCUAGCCAUUAAAGCAGCCAACGAGUGUCUUCAACUUGACCCCACAAAUGCUGCUCCUUAUGUCAUACUCGCUAAUAUGUAUGCCAGUGCCAAGAAAUGGGAAGAGGUAGCAACUGUACGGAAGCUCAUGCGAGAUAUGGGAGUGAGAAAGAAACCGGGUUGUAGUUGGAUUGAGGUCAAGAAGAGGAUACACGUGUUCGUGGCUGAGGAUAGUUCGCACCCACUGAUAAAGGAAAUAUAUGACUUCUUGGAGGAGAUAUCAAUGAAGAUCAAAAUAGCAGGAUAUGUGCCUGAUUUGAGCUGGGCUCUGGUUCAGGAUGAUGGGACCAAGGCAGGGGAAAUGGAGUUGAGGUUAGGGCAUCACAGUGAGAAGCUAGCCGUGGCAUUUGGGCUGAUCUCUACAAAGGAUGGGGAGCCUUUACUAGUUAUGAAGAACCUCAGGAUAUGUGGGGAUUGUCACAAUGCGAUUAAGUUCAUAUCUGCAAUCACAAAAAGAGAGAUCACUGUAAGAGAUGCCCACAGGUUUCAUUGCUUCAAGGAUGGACAGUGUUCUUGUGGGGAUUACUGGUGAUAGUCGACCAUAUCCCUUAAGUCCUCAUCUGCUUUUCAACCCUGGGAGAGAGAGAAAUCUCUCUCCUAGGCCAUGUGUUGCGUGGAACCAACCUUUGACAACAGUAAGCUCUUUUGAAAAUCUAAACUUGGUCAAUCUUUAGCAAGCAGGGUUCAAAAUAGUCUGGAUCUGUUCUCUCCUCCUCUUUAUGUGUAAGGCUGACUCCAACGGGUCUGUAUUCUGCUUGCCUAGCCAAAAAACAGAGUCAAAUCCAUAUUUUCAGCUCUAAUGGAGUUUGCCGUAGGCAAUUUCUCUUGUCAAAAAUUUGGCAAAAUUGAACACACUCGCCACAUGUGACGAUCAAAAUUUCCCCAGCCAUCCUCGCAUCUCCCCAAAAUUUCCCCAGCCAAUGUGGCGGAGCCACAUGCAGCCAAGGGUGGGCAGUUGCCCACCCUGGAUUUUUAAAAAAAUUAUUAUAUAUAAUAAUUUAGUAUUUUUAAAUUUUUUUUUUUCUAAAUAUACACAAUGAAUUUUUUAAAAAUUCUAAAUUUUGAAUAUAUUAGUAGAUGAAGAUAAGGGUAUUGAGUGAUUGUCUCUUAUUGCCAAAAACCACCGGACACGAUGACGGGUGGCAAUUCCCAGACUAUUUACGUGUAUUGGGUUUGAUCAAAAGUUUAAACUUAGAUUUAUGAAAUUUGGCUGUUAAAUUUUAUUGAUUUUUUGUGUAUGUUGAUCGAUGGGAAUAACGGUGUCGAGUGAUUGUCUCAAAUCGUCGAAAACCAUCGAUCAUGGUGACUGGUGGCGAUUGCCAGUGCUUUUUUCAGUAUUGGCCGAAAAUUAAAAAUAAGAUAUAUGAAAAUUUGACCCACUUUUCUUUUGUGUAUGUUAAUCUCCCUUGACCAUUUCUUUAACUAUGUUUU